AUGCUCAUGAACCUCGAUAUCUGCCCAAAGCGGGGAGAGGAGGAAAAGAAAGCAUUCCGAGUGGGUAGAGCGGUCUGGCAGACGAUGCAAGCAUUUGCGACAAUAACAAAGACGGCUCAGAACAGCGAGGAUGGCGCAGAUGAAAUGAAAGACAGCGGGAAGCCAAGCCACGAAAUGAUCACAGAUGAAGCCGAAGCCAGUGGGGAUUCGGAUGGUGAAGAUGAUAAAGGCGACAAUUUUGAAGCAAUACCGGAUUAUGGUAGUAGUUUCGGUGUUCAACAGGUUUCGGCGAUGCUCGAUACGCCUGCUCACCAGCGCGCUGGCCGCAACAAAAACAUUAUCAUUAUCUUGUCGCGUAGAGUUACCACCUGCGCGCGAGAAAAAAAACAUGUCUGCGCGAUAGCUAAGAAAGAAGACGCACCCGAACUAUGUGUAUGGGACCUGGGUCGGUACGAUGUGAGUGUGAGACCGAUACUGAACAUGAAUACCAAAGCAGUAAGAGAGGAGCGCCAAUGCUUGGGAGCAUUAUUCCAAAAUAUCGACUUCCCAGAUCAUGACAUCAACGACGCUGUCGAUGUAAGACGAUUCAUGAUUGGAGAUUUGGAAAAGGAAACACUGAAGAAAUGAGCACAGAUUUGCUGAGAAGAUGCUGAGGUGGUGUAGCUUCUCACUGUAUGUACUCGACCACAAUCUUAGUACGUGUGUAUUUGCUCACGACGCAAUCAACGGUGUCGGAGCAAUCGCCGUUGCAGCAACGGCAUGACGACACUUUGAACGUACCGACUGCUGACAAGUGCUUCCUGGAAGUUCAUCGAACUCGGGCCUCUCACCUUCGGUAUUUCUUGCACUUCCAGGAGCUUUUUACUAAACCCUGCCGCGGACUGCAAGUCGAAGCGGUAGUGACGUCGUCGCAUACCACCGAGUGCACCUUGAAAAGCUGCAGGAAACGUCGAUCAAAGCCAGUGCGGUCGUAAUAUUGACGCUCACGAUGGGAUU